AUGGUUAGCACUCCAGGAGGCAAGGGCAGUUAUAAGGAACUCUCUGGUCAAGGAGGAAGCAUAUUGGAGGCAAAAGCAAGAAUCGAGUGGCUUCAGGAUGGGAAUAAAAAUUUAAGGUUCUUUCAUGCAGUUGUGGCAGAGAGAUGUGCUAAAUCAGUUAUACACUGGAUUCGUAGUAGCACGGGGGAGUGGCUGACUGAUAAAACUCACAUUUCGACGGAGGCAGUGGAAUAUUUCACAUCCUUAUUCUCGGCCGAACCUUGUACGGGGUCAUGGAAUACUUUGGAGGUCAUUCCCAAUGUUAUUUCAAGGGAUCAAAAUGCUGAGUUGGAGCGCCUUCCCUCGAUGGAGGAGAUAAAAGAGGUGGUAUUCGCAAUGGAUGGGGAGAGUGCGACGGGUCCUGAUGGAUUCACAGCUCGGUUGUCAAAGGUGUGGCCAAGUAUUAUCUCUCCUCAGCAGAGUGGCUUUGUUAAGGGCAGGCAAAUUUUUGAUAAUUUUCUGUUGGCCCAGGAGUUGGUGUCGGAUAUUCACCGAAAGAAUAGAGAGGGAAAUGUGGUAUUGAAGCUCGAUAUGGCCAAAGCCUACGAUAGAGUCUCUUGGCCGUUUUUGCUCCAGGUGUUAAGAAGAUUUGGGUUUGGCGAGGUAUGGAUUGAUAUGAUUUGGAGACUUAUCUCGAAUGUGUGGUUCUCAGUAAUAGUUAAUGGAGCGCCUCAGGGAUUCUUCAAAUCUAGUCGUGGAUUGAGACAAGGAGAUUCGAUUUCACCGGCGCUCUUUGUGAUUAGUGCGGAAGUUCUGUCUCGUCUGUUGAACGCUUUGAGUAGUUAUCGGGGUUUUACGCCGUUUAGAGUUCCACGGGGUUGCCUGCCUAUUACUCAUCUAGCCUAUGCGAAUGAUAUUAUUAUCUUCUCCAGUGGUUUGUGGCAAUCUGUGCAGUUGGUGAUGAAGACGCUGGACGCUUAUGGUUCAGUGAAACGGUCUAUUGCAGUGAUGACUGGGUUUCAGUCGAAGGAGUUUUCGGUCAAGCAUCUGGGUUAUCCUUUAUAUGCAGGGCGGAGGAGGAGAUGCUACUUUGCAGGGGGGGGUGCUGGUUUGAGGUCCCUUAAGCACGUGUUUGAUGCCUUCUCCAUGAGAUUAUGGUGGCACUUCCAGUUGCGGCAAUCGUUGUGGGCUAAGUUCGUGCAUUGUAAAUAUUGCCCCAACCUGCAUCCUUGCUUUGCUGAUACUUCUCCCGGGGACUCUUGGACUUGGUAG